GUAACUUGCCCAAGAUUACACAGCUAAGUCUCGAUGCCUGCCUGGAGUGGAGACUGAUCUGGAGCCCCUGAGCCUCGGGACCCUGGGAGAUGGCACUGCCACUGUGGGCCCUGACCUUCCUGGGGCUGGUGGGCCCGAGUGUGGGCCUGCGGCCCCGCAAGCUGAACGUCUUCUGCAGCGAGAUGGAGCUGAACCACCUGGUGGUGGACGAGGCCUCAGGUGUGGUAUACGUGGGGGCAGUGAACAUGCUCUUCCAGCUGAGUGCAGACCUGCACCUCCAGCAGCAGGCCGUCACAGGCCCCGCCCUGGACAACAAGAAGUGCACACCGCCCAUCGAGGCCAGCCAGUGCCACGAGGCAGUGCCCACUGACAAUGCCAACCAGCUGCUGCUGCUGGACCUGCCCGGGAAGCGCCUGGUGGAGUGUGGCAGCCUCUUCAAGGGCAUCUGUGCCCUGCGUGCCCUAAGCAACAUCUCCAUGCUUCUCUUCUACGAGGACGGCAGCGGCGAGAAGUCCUUUGUGGCCAGCAACGACGAGAGUGUGGCCACUGUGGGACUGGUCAGCUCUACAGGCCCUGAUGGGGAACGGGUGCUGUUUGUGGGCAAAGGCAACGGGCCGCACGACAAUGGCAUCAUCGUGAGCACCCGCCUACUGGACCGGGCCGAGGGCAGGGAAGCCUUCGAAGCUUACUCAGACCACACCACCUUCAAGGCUGGCUACCUGUCCACCAACACACAGCAGUUCGUGGCGGCCUUUGAGGACGGCCCAUAUGUCUUCUUUGUCUUCAACCAGCAGGACAAGCACCCAGCCCGAAACCGAACACUCCUGGCACGCAUGUGCAAAGAUGACCCCUCCUACUACUCCUACGUGGAGAUGGACCUGCAGUGCAGGGACCCCAGCGACCCCCAGGGCCCUGCCUUCGGGGCCUGCCUGGCAGCCUCUGUAGCCACACCAGGUGCCACCGGCAGGGUCCUCUACGCUGUCUUCAGUAGGGACGGCCGGAGCAGUGGGGGGCUUGGGGCGGGCCUCUGCCUAUUCCCGCUGGAGAAAGUCCAUGUCAAGAUGGAGGCCAGCCGCAACGCCUGCUACACGGGCGCCCGGGAGGCGAGCCGGGACACCUUCUACAAGCCCUUCCACGGCGACAUCCAGUGUGGGGGCCACUUGCAGGGCGCCAGCAAGAGCUUCCCGUGUGGUUCAGAGCACCUGCCGUAUCCCCUGGGCAGCCGUGAUGGACUCACGGCCACGGCUGUGCUGCAGCGUGGAGGCCUCAAUCUGACAGCUGUGACGGUGACCGCUGAGAAUGGCCAUACUGUUGCUUUCCUGGGCACUUCUGACGGCCGGAUCCUCAAGGUGUACCUGGCCCCUGAUGGCACCUCAGAGGAGUACAGCUCCAUCCUCGUGGAGAUCAACAAGAGGAUCAAGCAGGACCUGGUGCUGUCUGGAGAUCUGUCCAGUCUAUAUGCCAUGACCCAGGACAAGGUUUUCCGGCUCCCAGUACAGGAGUGUCUGAGCUACCCAACCUGCGCACAGUGCCGUGACUCCCAGGACCCCUACUGUGGCUGGUGUGUUGUCGAGGGACGAUGCACCAGAAGGGCUGAAUGCCCGCGGGCUGAGGAGACCAACCACUGGCUGUGGAGCCGGAACAAGUCCUGUGUAACCGUCACUGAUGCCCAGCCUCAGAACAUGAGCCGCCGGGCGCAGGGGGAGGUGCAGCUGACCGUCAGCCCUCUCCCAGCCCUGACCGAGAAGGAUGAAGUGCUGUGUCUCUUUGGUGAAUCACCACCACACCCUGCCCGUGUGGAGGGCAACGCCGUCAUCUGCAACUCCCCAAGCAGCAUCCCCAGCACACCAACUGGUCAGGACCAUGUGGCUGUGAGCAUCCAGCUCCUCUUCAGACGAGACGAUGUCUUCCUCACCUCCCACCAGUACCCCUUCUACGACUGCCGAGAGGCCAUGAGGCUCGUGGAGAACCUGCCGUGCAUUUCCUGCGCCAGCAACCGCUGGACCUGCCAGUGGGACCUAAGGUACCACGAGUGUCGGGAGGCCUCGCCCAACCCUGAGGAGGGCAUCAUUCGCGCCCACAUGGAGGACAACUGCCCACAGUUCCUGAACCCCAGCCCUCUGGUCAUCCCUAUGAACCACGAGACAGAUGUGAUUUUCCAGGGCCAGAAUCUGGACACAGUCAAGGGGUCCUCCCUGUAUGUGGGCAGCGACCUGCUCAAGUUCGAGGAGCCAGUGACUGUGCAGGAGCCGGGGACCUUCUUCUUUCGGACCCCAAAGCUAUCCCACGAUGCCAAUGAGACUCUGUCCCUACACCUGUACGUCAAGUCCUACGGCAAGAACAUUGACAGCAAGCUCCAAGUGACCCUCUACAACUGCUCCUUUGGCCGCAGUGACUGCAGCCUGUGCCUGGCUGCUGACCCUGCCUACAGGUGCGUGUGGUGCCGUGGGCAGAGCCGGUGUGUGUACGGGGCUCUGUGCAGCAAUGCCACGUCUGAGUGCCCGCCACCAGUAAUCACUAGGAUCCAGCCUGAGACCGGUCCCCUGGGUGGGGGCAUCCGCGUCACCGUCCUCGGGUCCAAUUUGGGCAUCAAAGCAGAUGAUGUCAAGAGGAUCACUGUGGCUGGACAGAACUGUGCCUUUGAGCCAGAACGUUAUUCUGUGUCCACCCGGAUCGUGUGCGUGACCGAGGCGGCAGAGAUGUCCUCCACCGGGGGCAUCGAGGUGGAUGUCAACGGGAAGCUUGGCCACUCACCACCCAGUGUCCAAUUUACCUACCAAGAGCCCCAGCCCCUGAGUGUGGAACCAAGGCAGGGGCCACAAGCAGGCGGGACCACGCUGACCAUCAGUGGCACCCACCUGGACACAGGCUCUAAGGAGGACGUGCGGGUGACCCUCAGUGGCGUCCCUUGUGAAGUGACCAAGUUUGGGGUACAGCUGCAGUGCGUCACAGGACCCCAGUCCACUCUGGGAGAGGUGGCCCUGGAGAUCUCCUACGGGGGCUCCCGCGUGUCCAGCCCUGGAGUCUCCUUCACCUUCCGGGAGAACCCAGUGCUACGGGCCUUUGAGCCGCUUCGAAGCUUUGUCAGUGGUGGCCGGAGUAUCACUGUCACUGGUCAGGGCUUCAGCCUCAUCCAGAAGUUUGCCAUGGUGGUCAUUGCUGAGCCCCUACAGUCCUGGCGGCGUCGGCGGGAGGCUGGACCCCUACAGCCCACGAUGGUCACAGGCACUGAGUAUGUGUUCUACAACGACACCAGAGUCGUCUUCUUGUCCCCGGCUGUCCCCGAGGAGCCGGAGGCCUACAACCUCACAGCACUGAUACAGAUGGAUGGGCACCGUGCCCUGCUCAGGACCGAGGCCAGUGCCUUCGAGUAUGUGGCAGACCCCACCUUUGAGAACUUCACGGGUGGCGUCAAGAAGCAGGUCAACAAGCUCAUCCAUGCCCAGGGCACCAACCUGAACAAGGCGAUGACGCUGCAGGAGGCCGAAGCUUUUGUGGGUGCUGAGCGCUGCAUCAUGAAGACCCUCACUGAGACGGACCUGUACUGCGAGCCCCCAGAGGUUCAGCCCCCGCCCAAGCGGCGGCAGAAGCGGGACACCACACACAACCUGCCCGAGUUCAUUGUGAAGUUCGGCUCCCGCGAGUGGGUGCUGGGCCGGGUGGAGUACGACACACGUGUGAGUGAUGUGCCACUCAGCCUCAUCCUGCCGCUGGUCAUUGUGCCCAUGGUGGUGGUCAUUGCCGUGUCUGUCUACUGCUACUGGAGGAAGAGCCAGCAGGCUGAGCGGGAGUACGAGAAGAUCAAAUCCCAGCUGGAGGGUCUGGAGGAGAGUGUGCGGGACCGCUGCAAGAAGGAGUUCACAGACCUGAUGAUCGAAAUGGAGGACCAGACGAAUGACGUGCAUGAGGCGGGCAUCCCCACGCUGGACUACAAGACCUACACAGACCGCGUCUUCUUCCUGCCCUCCAAGGACGGCGACAAGGACGUCAUGAUCACGGGCAAGCUGGACAUCCCUGAGUCKCGGCGGCCUGUGGUGGAGCAGGCCCUGUACCAGUUCUCCAACCUGCUCAACAGCAAGUCCUUCCUCAUCAACUUCAUCCACACCCUGGAGAGCCAGCGUGAGUUCUCCGCCCGUGCCAAGGUCUACUUUGCAUCCCUGCUGACGGUGGCCCUGCAUGGGAAGCUGGAGUACUACACCGACAUCAUGCGCACGCUCUUCCUGGAGCUCAUGGAGCAGUACGUGGUGGCCAAGAACCCCAAGCUGAUGUUGCGCAGGUCUGAGACAGUGGUAGAGAGGAUGCUGUCCAACUGGAUGUCCAUCUGCCUGUACCAGUACCUCAAGGACAGCGCUGGUGAGCCCCUGUAUAAGCUCUUCAAGGCCAUCAAACAUCAGGUGGAAAAGGGGCCAGUGGACGCCGUGCAGAAGAAGGCCAAGUACACCCUCAAUGACACCGGGCUGCUCGGGGACGACGUGGAGUAUGCGCCCCUGACGGUGAGCGUGAUUGUGCAGGAUGAAGGGGUAGAUGCUGUCCCGGUCAAGGUCCUCAACUGCGACACCAUCUCUCAGGUCAAGGAGAAGAUCAUCGACCAGGUGUACCGCACACAGCCCUGCUCCUGCUGGCCCAAGCCAGACAGUGUGGUCCUGGAGUGGCGCCCUGGGUCUACAGCCCAGAUCUUGUCUGACCUGGACCUGACCUCCCAGCGGGAUGGCCGGUGGAAACGCAUCAACACCCUGAUGCACUACAACGUUCGGGAUGGAGCCACCCUCAUCCUGUCUAAGGUGGGGGUCUCCCAGCAGCCAGAGGACAGCCAGCAAGACCUACCUGGGGAACGCCAUGCCCUCCUGGAGGAGGAGAACCGGGUGUGGCACCUUGUGCGGCCAACAGACGAGGUGGAUGAGGGCAAGUCCAAGCGAGGCAGCAUGAAGGAGAAAGAGCGAACCAAGGCCAUCACCGAGAUCUACCUGACGCGGCUGCUCUCUGUCAAGGGAACACUGCARCAGUUCGUGGACAACUUCUUCCAGAGCGUGCUGGCCCCUGGUCACGCGGUGCCACCGGCCGUCAAGUACUUCUUCGACUUCCUGGACGAGCAGGCAGAGAAGCAUGACAUCAAGGAUGAGGACACCAUUCACAUCUGGAAGACCAACAGUUUACCGCUGCGGUUCUGGGUGAACAUCCUCAAGAACCCGCACUUCAUCUUUGACGUGCAUGUCCACGAGGUGGUGGACGCCUCCCUGUCGGUCAUCGCACAGACCUUCAUGGACGCCUGCACGCGCACGGAGCACAAGCUGAGCCGCGACUCGCCCAGCAACAAGCUGCUGUAUGCCAAGGAGAUCUCCACCUACAAGAAGAUGGUGGAGGAUUACUACAAGGGGAUCCGGCAGAUGGUACAAGUCAGCGACCAGGACAUGAACACACACUUGGCAGAGAUUUCCCGGGCACACACAGACUCCCUGAACACCCUUGUGGCACUGCACCAGCUCUACCAGUACACACAGAAGUACUAUGACGAGAUCAUCAAUGCCCUGGAAGAGGACCCCGCUGCCCAGAAAAUGCAGCUGGCCUUCCGCCUGCAGCAAAUCGCCGCUGCUCUUGAGAACAAAGUCACCGAUCUCUGACCUCAGACCAUCAGUGCAGCCGGGGCACAGUGCAAGGUGCCCAUGCCUGGUGCUGAGUGGCCCUGUGGCUUGAGGCCCAGCUAGCAGUGGCUGACUCUCCUUCUCCCUAGCAGAGGAUGUACCCCGGCACCUGGGGGGGGAGGGUGGCGGGCCCACUCCUGCUAUACUGUGUCGACCUCUUGAGCAAUACUGCUGGGCGCUCUGGCCAGCACCAACUCCUGCACGCACCAGCAUCGGGUGCUCUCCACGGGGAGCAGUUCGCAAACGUGCCUUACCAAGCUGCUUGGCCACUGGGGCAGCRGGGCCCCAGCCUCCCUCCCAGUGCACCAGCAGCCUUCUCAGAUGCCCUGGGUUUGGCCUCCGGUGGGAUCUGAGUGCCUGCAGUCCCCAGGGCCAGUUCUUGGACUGCGUGUCUGUCUGUCAGCCAGAUGGAAGGAGGAGAAAAAGCGGUACAAUGCCCCCUGACCUCACCUGGCCUUCCCAACGGGGCACAGGAACUCCAGGUGGACUUGAGGGCCCCUGGGCCCCACCUCAAAGGUCAACUGGACGUCAGACGUCGGGGCUCGGGUGGCCAGAGGGGACUCAGCAGACUGGGGGUCCCGGUCUUGGCCUGUCAGACAGGCUCCCUGCAGGCCCACCCCCAUCUGGAGGGUCAGGGAACAGCUCCACCAGGACCACCCACCCCUUUUUGUAAAUCUUGUUAAUUGUAAAUCAAAUACAGUUGUCUUUCUCA